AUGGCUGGUGUUGAGAUUGCGGGCCUCGCUGUGGGCGUGCUGCCGGUUAUCGUUCUUACCGCAGAGGCCUACCGAACCACUUACGACAAAAUCCGGACCUUCCGUGACUGGUCCAGAGAGGUAGAGAGACUGCAAGCUCGGCUAAAUGCGCAGAAGCACUUCUUUUUCAAUGAGUGUCAAUUACUCCUGCGGCUGGUGGUUCAUAGUGAUCGCAGUCAGGCGAUGCUCGAAGACCUUGGUGACAUACUGUGGAAGGACCAAGAGCUCAACAAUCGGAUGCACAGGUGUUUGGACACGAAUGUUGAUUUGUGCCGGAGCUUGAUAAACGAGGCAUUGAAAGUGCUGCAAGAGCUUGACACCGAUCUGGAUUGUUUCAAUGAAGUGACAGCACGUCGGCUCAGGGACGAGUCUAUAAAGAAGACAAUCCGGCGCAUCCGGCACUCCGUCACCGUCACAUUUCAGAAAUCGAGAUACGAACGGAGGCUAUCCUGUUUACGAGAAUACAAUGACGAUCUCGGGACGCUGCGUGAGCAGCUGGGAGCCAUCAAGCGACCACCAUCAUGCUCUAACAUCUCAUGCAUCGCUAAGAGAUCGUCGAUACCCCCGCGAUUUAGUGAUAUGCAACACGCUUCACAGAAGCUACACGAAGCUCUGACGAGUUCUUGGUGUUGUGCCGAUGCUGAGCAUUCCGGACACUGUGCCAGACUCUGCCUCGAUGUAGAAGUAACGGACGGUGUACGGUUUGAUCUAGCCAUCUCGUAUCACCGUAACUAUACAGUGGAGCUCUCCACUACUCCAGAUGACGCUCCGACAUGGCUUUACGUGAGGUCAACGACCGUUGACGCUACUACAACGAACCUUCUAAAUGGCGAGAAACUACCUCGCAUAGGCACUGCAAAGGUGUCUGCGGACUCAAAUUCUAUUAACGCAUCCAAACGUGCCCGAAGCGACUCAACACCAGAUCUUACGAGUAACCCUUUUAGGAAGAUUGUUAAGAAAAGAAGGGUCCGUUUCGCAGAUGACGACGUGCCGCUCGAAGUUACUAUGUUCAACCUUUACCGAGCUAAGAAUAUGUGCAGUUUGCUGAAGCGGAACCUCUGUAUACAAGAUGCAGGUCCGGUCGAGCGAUGCAUCGGCUAUCUGGAAAGUCCAAAUUUCUACAAGCACACGAUCUAUGCUUCGGACCCAAAGUCACCAAGGAACAAUCAAGCACAGAUUCGGUCUUCUAUAGAGACCAUCACGCUGGACCUUCUGUUGCACAAGUCUAUGCAGGACGAAUUGACGCUCGUUGAUCAGCUUAAGCUCGCCCACCGAAUUGCCACAGCUAUACUGCAGUUUCAUUCCACGCCCUGGUUGAGCGAUAGAUGGCAUCUCCAAGACUUGUCGCUGUUUGGCACUCGAGACGAAGUCACACAAGACGCCUUACGUACCCUUCACCUCAGAAGUACUUUUCCUGAUGGUAGCUCUCGGGCUUCCGCUGCACCCAUUGAGCAGAUGGAUAUUUCGAAGCCGGAGGUGGACGCAGUUAUCUCCGCUCAGGAAGCGCAGCUGCGGUACGGGAUCAGCAACAUGGCUUUGUUCUGCCUAGGCGUCGCGCUUCUGGAACUCGGACAUUGGAGAACGCUGCAAGAUCUCCGGCGCGCCGGAGAUGUCGACGAUAUCGUCACCGCUCGAAGGCUUGCAGCCAGCGGUCGUCCUCCUUUGGGGUCAACCAAAUUCCAGCGCAUUGUUCGGAAAUGUCUGCAGUGUGACUUCGGCUUUGGGGAUGAUCUAAGUAAGACGGAGCUGCAGAGCGCAGUAUACAGUGAUGUUGUUUGCGAGCUCGAAGCGAUGGUUAGCGUCAUGACCAUAUGA